UCCAAAUUGCCUAUUUGGGAAACGCACCCGUGCACCGCCACUUUCCAUUCAUGGACGAGUGAAAAGGCCUCUAUUCAGACGGAGAAGAAGGCAAAGAGGACGAGAAGGACGAAGAAAGGUGGCCAUGACCGGCAGCACACAGCAAUGAGCGGCGAGAGAAUCAACAACACGUUGCGCAACAACGGCAUUGCCGGCGGGGUCUUCUCGUUCUCGCUGAACGACCUGCUGAGCGGGGGCAGCGGCGCCCCGCAGACGGACGGAGGCAGGACGCCGGGAGCAGGGUCGAUCCAGUUCACGUCGCUUGGCGACACGAUUGCCAGCGCCAUCCAGGGCGGCACGGGGGCCGGAGGGCAGCAGGGCGGCGGGCAGGGGCCGGACAUCGCCGCCAUCAUCAACAACAUCGUGCAGUCGCUCAACACAGCGGUGACGGACCCGCACGCCAGCCACCGCAGAGCCACGCAGCGGGCGUUGGACGCCCUGACGCCGCUGCGGCUCGACGAGAUCCCGGCAGAGGCCCGGGCGUCGAACUGCCCCAUCUGCUACGAGCCGUACGUGGAGUAUGCCGGCGACGUGGCUGCGGGGGCGUCUGCGGCGGCGCCAGAAGAAGACGCCAGAGAGACGCCGGCCACGCCGGCCACACCGCAGCGGUCUGCCGCAGACGAGGUCCUCGACGGGCCCUGGAAGGGCUACGACCUGUCCGACCCGUCGAUCUCCUUUCCGGCGAUCGAGACAGCCACGUACCAGCACACGUACUCCCUGGCAGCGGAGCCAGACCUGGGCCUCGAGGCAGAGCUGCCCGCCGCUGAUGCGGCAGCACAAACACCAGCCGCCGCCGUCGCCGCUGCCGACGACGACGUCCACUUCGCCGUCAGGCUCCCGCAGUGCAACCACAUCUUCGGCAGACCCUGCAUCGUUGAGUGGCUCCAGAGCAACGUCUCCUGCCCCCUCUGCCGAAGAGAAAUCGUGCCCGAGCUCACAGAGGACACACGGACGGCGACAACGGGCCUGCAACAGCCCGGAGCAUCCGGAGGAAUGGCCAGCGAACGCACUUACGUCUACGACACGGCCAUCACAGAGACCUACGUCCCCGUCGACUGGACGGCGCCGCUGUCGGCAGGCUACGUGCUCUCGGACCCGCCCCUCACCCUGCCCGUUCCAGGCGUCGGCAUGUCCUCCGGCCGCAGAACAGGCAGAGACCCGUAACCGUAUACCUUCUAUACCUUCUAUAUCUUAUCAUGACCAUAAUACCACCAUACCACACAGU